GUGUCCUGGUGACGCUGUACAUGACGACCGCCGGCCUCCAGGGGAACGCGCUCGGCUCCGACGAGGAGGAGAUCACGCUGCUCGUCUACGUGCUCAUCGACGAGCUGCAGAAUAAGGUGCUGGGUAGACAGCAGUACAUCGUGCGACCAAUGGUAAUGGAGGAGAGUUGCACGCCCGGGACCGGCAGCGAGAACCCAGCGAUCGCCGGAAGUAGCGGGAUCAUUAGCGAGGCCGCGCUGGCGCACGCACCAAACUUGACCGAGCGAAACCUCCGGGAGUACGGGAUUUCUCUGCAAAAGGCUAUCGAACAGUUUGAGACCUGGUGGAGCUCCGUACCUGGCGUAACUUCCGGUGUCAAGCCGCGUUUCGUCGUGGACGGCCAGGCGCCGAUGAGGCAAUGCCUGCAUCCGGAAGCUUGCAACAAGGACAUCGAGCUGCCCGAACAUUACAACUAUUUCCACGAUCUCCGGAAGGACUUUGUCGAGUGUUACUCGUCUCACGGGGAGUUAUCGACCCUCGGAGUACAAGAGAUGUUGCAAUAUUUCGGAUUGCCCCCCGAUACCGACAAUGACUUUCACGUGAAUGAGAUACAGGACAUGGUCAGCGUGGUACAGAGGAUGAUCAAGGACGGUCACGUUUUCAAAAGUCCUGAGGUGGUUAAUAUCUUCAUGGAACCUGGCAUAUGCUCCAAAGACGAGGAGGUGGACAAUGAUUGCGUGGUAAGGGCGCGCGGUCUCCCCUGGCAAUCCUCAGAUCAGGACAUCGCCAAGUUCUUCCGCGGGCUGAAUGUCGCCAAGGGUGGUGUAGCUCUUUGUUUAAGUCCUAUGGGAAGGCGUAACGGCGAGGCAUUGGUACGGUUUAUUAAUAAAGAACACAGAGACAUGGCGCUGAAGCGGCAUAAACAUCACAUGGGUGCACGAUACAUAGAGGUGUACAAGGCCUCCGGAGAGGACUUUGUUGGCGUUGCUGGUGGUACGAGCGGGGAGGCGCACGCUUUUCUGUCACGCGGGGCUCAAGUCAUCGUUAGAAUGCGGGGCUUGCCGUAUGAUUGUGUUGCUAAACAAGUGCUGGAAUUUUUUCAAUCCGGACAAAAACCGUGUCAAGUGUUGGACGGCGAGGACGGCGUGCUGUUCGUAAAGAAGCCGGACGGCAGAGCGACGGGCGACGCCUUCGUGUUGUUCGCCAAGGAGGAGGACGCGGUGAAAGCGUUGAGCAAGCACAGAGACUGCAUCGGCAGCCGUUACAUCGAGCUCUUUCGAAGCACAACCGCGGAGGUGCAACAGGUUCUGAAUAGGGCGACAGAUCCGAAGCAAGUGAUACUACCACCACCGCCCAUCGCGCAACUGCCACCCUUGCUCCCGCAGCAUAUCAUUACGUCCGGUACGCGCAAAGAUUGCGUCAGACUCCGUGGCUUGCCGUACGAGGCGCUCGUCGAACACAUUCUGGAGUUCAUGGGCGAACAUUCGAAAAAUAUCGUCUAUCAGGGUGUUCACAUGGUUUAUAAUGCCCAGGGCCAACCUUCUGGCGAGGCAUUUAUUCAGAUGGACAGCGAGGCAUCGGCGUACGCGUGCGCGUCGCAGCGGCAUCACCGGUACAUGAUCUACGGCAAGAAGCAGCGAUACAUCGAAGUGUUCCAGUGCAGCGGCGACGACAUGAAUCUGGUAUUGACAGGUGCGGUAACACCGCCGUCGACCAAGGCACUACUAUCACCCGGGGGCACGAUGUUGCCACCACCGCCCGUGGCGAUAUUUCCGCCUGCGGCCGCGAUGUUGCCCCGUGGACCGCCGCAAUUCGCGACGCCGUACCCGCCGCCGAUCUUCUACUGGCCUUAUCCCUCGCCGCCGGUUAGCCCGACCAAUUAUUACACCCCCGCGAGUGUCGGCGGUAUCGCGCAGAUUCCUCAGCAAGCUGCUCUGUUGGCGCCAGCUGAAUGUCUGCAACUGGCACCCGGAGCAACUACGCUGCCAACGUCUACGGCCGCGGGACCCGACGCGCGUAUCGAGGCGUAUCUACCACGGGUGGAGCUGGAUAAACGCAUGGCCGCGCUGCCGCCGCCGCAGACCGAGUGCAAUCCCUUCGUCGAGGUCUUCAUGGUUUGAUCUCUUCGGCCGGACCCGACCCUCUUGCCCGUCCUGGUUCCUUGCCUCGUAGGUAGACGCGCGAUCCACCCGAGUCGGCGAGAUGGGGCGGUCGACGCCCUCAGGACCGACUAAGACGGGAAUCGCGUGAAAAGAGACCGUUGUUCUUUCAAGACCGCGCCCACGCGAGUCCUUGAGAGAACAGUCUUCGUCCUCGUCAUCGUCGACCAGGCUUUAGCGAUAUUAAUAUUUUUCACGCGAGAAAUCUUUCGUACGCACCGCGUACGUCGACCUAGACACACACGGUAAAGUGCAAACGCAAAGGUAUAAUUUCUCCCUCCCCUUACGCGUUUUCCCGAAAGAAACCCUCCCAGUAACCCGUAAAUUUCCGACGCGCCGGCCGCGAGAGCGACGCGUUUCUUUCUAGUCUAGAGAUAGAUAGGAGCCGUUGUGGCGCGAUGCACAGCGGCGUCGUUUCUCUCUCGUCGUUUGUUCCGAGUUCCCCUCCCCUGGGAAUGAGAACCGCGUAUCGCGUAUUUCCUCCUUUUAAUCCUUCUCUCUCUUCUUUUUUUUUGUUUUAUUUCUUUACCACGUUACACUCUUUAUCAUUCCCGUUGCGACGACGGCAAUUGGACUUCGAUCCUCGCGUACUUUUCGCCCGCGUCGAGUUGCAAGAGCUCGCGGGAAUAGAUAUAUAUGUUUGAACCGAUUCGCCCGCGUCUCGGAUUAUAUUAUUCUAUAUACACAAAUUACGCAUUAAAUAGAUUGUAAAUAACAACUAUAUUUACCGAUCGGACAACGUUUGAAGACGUAGCCCGCGCCGCGUAACCAGCGUUUGCAGUCGUCGUCCGAAACGCGUCCGGUUUGUAUCGAAUACCGCGAACGGUAUUUAGAAUCGAGCUUGGAGCUACGUCUCGUUAGUUUUCCCCUUUCAAAUUUUACGUAUGACUUGUUUUACGAAUAUUACUUAAUUUAAUUUUUAGAGUUUUAAGAGAAUUUAUAAAUAUAUAUAUAUAUACAUAUAUAUGGUCGUUCGACCAUGAAUUGUUAAAUCCGCGUCGCGUUUUCUUCUCGUUUUCCUCCUUUCAAGCGCGCGUUCUCAAUGUCUUUCAAUAUGCGUGCGCGCCGUCAAACGACGACGGUGCUCGUUUCUCACGUUAGAACAGCAAAUAUUACAAAAGUCUUCCGUUAGUCUCCCGCUUCCGGGUUUGCCUCCGGAGAGCAAAUUUCACUGUCCCGUUCGUUAAUCCGCGUCAUCUGCUACCGACCUAGAAGUAUAUCUACACAUAUUAAUCAACGAACCAGCACAUUAGCGUACAGGUGACACUUUUACGAUACGACACGCGAUAGAUAGGAGUACGUAGACGUAAGUGAAAUAUAUCGUACGGAACUUGCAGACUCGUUAAAGAAUAUUGGCUGCGACAGAUUAGCCGCCUGUAUUAGCUCAACUACACGAUCAUUCCGGACGAGUCCGAUUAAAUCGACUUCGCCUGAGCCGGUGGAACUCGAUUACUUUUUUCCCCGCCUCGCGAAAGGUGACAGUUGCGAUAUUAAUUGCCGGGGUUUAAUUAAGGCGCACGUAUAUCGACUCGCGUGCCUAAGUUGCCUUCGAAUCUAAAUCAUCAGAUUCGUCGGGCCGUACGGAUAAGAGCGAGACAACGGCUCUUAGCGCGUAGUACGAGAUAAAUACGAGAGAAAAAGGAAACAUUUGUCUCGAAGAAGGGACGAAGGGAGAGUGUUUCAUAGCGAGUCUUUCACUAUGAAGCACGAUUCGCUUCGUAUUGAAGCGUCUGCUUGGAAAUACAUCGUCAAGACGCGGAUGAAAUUGUAUACAACAAUUUGAUAUCUUCUGACCAUUUCUUUAUAACUUCCUUGACGCUAUAUUGUCUGUUCUUUUUGGUUGAACUGGCUGCACUAGUUCAGAUCUUUCCUUUUCCAAUUGUCGUAUGAUAUAACGAGACUGAGAAAUCACG